CCAUUUUAAACCUUGGAUUUUCUUCUCAACGCGAAUGAGUAUCGGUCACAAUAUCAAAGUCGGCCAGUUUAGCGAUGGCCACUACCGGGUGUUUAUUGUUAGCAAUUGCAUUUUUUACUUACACAUCUAACAGCGUGUGCGAUGGUAAACCUAAUAUCGUAGUGUUAAUUGCGGAUGAUCUCGGGUACGGAGAUAUCGGAUGCUAUGGUAACACGAGCUUGUCUACGCCUGCACUGGAUGGCCUGGCACGUGACGGCGCCCGCCUGACGCACCACCUGUCCACCGCCAGUGUGUGCACCCCGAGCAGGGCGGCGCUGCUCACCGGAAGACACCAGAUGCGCUCAGGGAUGGCUCCUAUUAGCAACAUUCGUGUGAACUUCUGGCUGGCUGCGCGCGCCGGACUUCCGGCCUCGGAAAUCACGUUUGCUGAACUCACCAAACAGGCUGGCUAUACGAAUGCACUCAUCGGCAAAUGGCACAUGGGGAUAAGCCGUGACAGCUUCGGAGAUCACCUACACCAUCCCCUGAACCAGGGCUUCGAUCAUUUCUACGGCCUCAUCGGGACGAACUUCGACGACUUUGCUGACGAUGGGCACAAGAUCGUACUCAAGCAGACCCCGUAUUUCAAUUAUCAGUGGUUAUCAACGUGGAUGAUCAUUGCCAUGUGUGCAUACUGCUUAUACAGGACUAAACAUAUCAACGGUAUAUUGUUUAGUAUUGUCGUAAUCAUGGCGACCAUAGUCUGCGGCUACCCUUGCUUCGUUUUUAACAAUCUCUUACUUCUCAACAGCAUGAUUCACCGGAACUUCAAAGUCGUGGAACAGCCGAUUCGUCACGUGGGACUUAGCAAGCGUCUCGUUCACGAAGGGCUGCAGUUCAUGAAGAAUGCAACUGUAUCCGGAAAGCCGUUUCUUCUUGUGAUGUCAUUCGUGCACGUCCACACGGCAAUCAAGGUGUCACGUGAAUUCGAGGGCUCGUCUUCCCACGGUGUAUAUGGGGACGCUGUACAGGAACUCGACUGGUCAGUUGGUCAGAUACUAGAUCAGCUGGACGUGACUGGUCAGCGUAAUAACACCCUCGUGUAUUUUGUGUCUGAUCAUGGGGGACACGUGGAACUCGGGUCGCUUGGUGGCUAUAAUGGAGUUUUUAAAGGUGGCAAAACUCAUGGCGCACCAGAAGGAGCUAUCCGCGUGCCGGGUCUGUUCCGCUGGCCGGGGAUAGUCCCGGCAGGUCGGGUGCUAGAUCAGCCGGUCUCCAUGAUGGACUUGUUUCCCACCAUUGCCCGGGUCGCCGGCGUUCCUCUGCCGGCGGACCGGCUAAUCGACGGCGUGGACAUCUUACCUCUGCUGCAGGGCCACACAGAGGCCGCGCCACACGAGUUUAUGUUUCAUUACUGUGGCAACAAGUUACACGCAACGAGAUACAUACCUAACACUGGAAAGCACGUGUGGAAGUGGGUGACACACCUUCCCAGGUACAAGCCGGGCUCACAUGCCUGUCGAUUUGGCUGCACAUGCGGAGACGCAGUGGAGCUCCCCAUGCCCCAUCUGUAUGACGUCACAACGGACCCCGCGGAGAGCGCCCCUGUCCCACCAGACAAGCCCAUAUACGAACACAUCCGGCGACUUGUGUCGGCAGCAGUGAACGAGCACAGGGACUCGCUGGCUCCCGUGGAGAGCCAGUUCUCGGCCCGCAAUGUACUGUGGCGCUACUCACUACAGGACUGCUGCCAGGGAGUCUUUCCCUUCAACUGUUCGUGUUUAGACACGGUAUUUCCUGAGAGUUUCUAUGCGUGACAGCGCUACCGGCAAAUGACUACGGCAGUCAAAGUUUUUGGGACAUAACGUCUCUGCAACAAUUGCGUCAUUUAAGUGCUGUUUAUUAAAUCGCUGAGGACUCUGUGUAAACGCCUCAAACGAGAUAACUUGGAAGACCGUUCUGAAGAAGCGAAGAAACUAAGCUUACUAGAAAACAUGCAGAUCUCAUACUAUGUGUUAUCUUUUAUAAUAUAAGAAUACGUUAAGUAAAUAAUAGUCCGCUAUUCAACAAAUAUAGUCAUAUUGAUCGCAUCUCCAUUAUGAAUUGUCUAAUUGCAUAUACUGUGUAUUUACUUCUUACAUUUAUUAUUAUUUUGUGAUUCACUCAUUUUCCUUCUAUCGUGGAUUGUAAGAUAUAUCUCUGUUUAUUGUGAAAACGAAAGCCUAUUAGUCGAUAAAUAUUGCCCUUAAAUAUACAUGUGAAACAAUAAUACCUAAAUAGGAAAGACUAUAUUGAAGAUAACCACAUUACACUUGUGUUGAAUAUACUCAGCUCACCAUG